AUGAAGAAGGUGGCGGUGCGGCCAUUGGUUCCCUUGACUUCCCUACAGCAGAGGGAGAGAUGUAGAGAUGUAGAGACGAGGAUGAGGGGGAUAGAGGAGUCCGUGGAGAGGAACGAGGAGAUAGGUGAGGAGGACUCGAUCCUGCUCCAGCACGUUGCAAUCGAGAAUCUUGAACUCAGGACGCGGCUGGCAGAGUUGGAGGGAGUCAAGCAGAAGGCUAUCGGCAUCACAGUGAGAUUGAGGGAGAAGCUGGCGGAGCUGGCAGAGGAGGAGCUUGAUAGGAAGGGAAAGAGGGCUGAGGCUUUGAGACUGAACGAGAAGAAUGGAGGACAGGGAGCGAGGAGAAGGGAAGGGAAGUGGGAGGGAGAGGAGGGAGACUGUCAGAAGGCGCCAAGCUGGAUUCCUGAAUUCGUUCAGACGCGUCUCCCAAGCUUGGGCUCUUCGAAUCUCAGCAGGGCCAUGAAGGAGCUUAGGAGUGCGGGGAUCGCCAAGUUUUCGCCAUGGUGGAGCAGGGAAGAGGGUCGAAAUGGGGACGAGACAUUAGCGAGAGACGCUGGAGAGGGGGAGGGAGGGAGGCUGGAAGACAUCGUGUCCUCCCUCCAGCAUCUCUUGGGACAUGACGCCGGCUGCUCGCCAUGGGAUUGGAACUUGAUGAGGAGGGGAGAAGGAAGCGCCGCAGCUGUGGACGAGGACCACUUCCUCUCCGCCAUGGCUCAACUUCGCCUCCUCCUCUCCUCGAAGACCUUCACCCAAGACCUGUUGAAUCUUUCUGUCGACAGCCUUUGCAUGAUGGAGGAAGCGAUGAAAGAGGAGCAAGAAGCGAUGGAGCUGUCUUGUAAACUUCUUUGCAUCCUCUGUGAGCAGAACGAGUUGAACAAGAAGAGGUUCUUGUCGUAUGGAGGAAUCGCUUUGCUGAUAGAGAGAUUGCGUGACGGAGACAUCUGGAGCCAUGAGUCUGCGCUUGAGGCGCUGACGACAUGCUUCUCGUCGGACGACAAGACUUGCAAGAACGCCCAGGAUGCCGUGCGGGAGGCGAACGGUAUUGCGAUCUCAAUCAGGCUGUUGAGGUUAGGAAAUUCAGCGAUGAAGGUUGAGGGUAGCGGGAGUGGGAGAGUGAACUGA